UGGUUGUCUUUCUAUAAAAUCCGAUUUCGGUCCUCGUUUGGUGAUCGCUGGCUCUCGAGUUCCUUUCGUCUUGAUCUUCUUCAACGUCGGCGGCGAUCCAAGACCGGCUGAUCGGAGAUGGAUGAUAGCUGCGCUGUGUGUGCGGACGCGUUGGAGUGGGCGGCAUAUGGGCCGUGUGGGCACCGUGAGGUUUGCUCGACGUGUGUGAUCCGGCUUCGCUUCGUCCUUGAUGAUCGCCGCUGUUGUAUCUGCAAGACUGAGAACCCCUUCGUCUUUGUCACCAAGGCGAUGGGGGAUUAUACAAGGGUGAUAACAGAUUUCUCAAAGUUUCCGACUGGUGCGACGGAGGGGAAGUCAGGGGAGUUUUGGUACCACGAGGGAAGUCAGGCAUACUUUGAUGAUAUGGAUCAUUACAGGAUGAUAAAGGCUAUGUGCCGUUUAUCUUGUAGUGUUUGCGAUAAGAAUGCAGGAGAGCAAGCGACUGAGCCUGCAAGGAGGAGAAGUGGUUUUAGGAGUAUAGAGCAGUUGAAGGGGCAUCUUUUUCAUCAGCAUAGAUUGUUUAUGUGCAGUCUUUGCUUGGAAGGGAGAAAGGUAUUUAUUUGUGAGCAGAAGCUUUACACUAGGUCACAACUAAAUCAACAUGUAAGCACUGGUGAUUCAGAAGUGGAUGGCAGUGAGAGUGAGCGAGGUGGGUUUAUGGGGCAUCCCAUGUGUGAGUUCUGCAGGAGCCCGUUUUAUGGUGAUAAUGAACUGUACUUGCACAUGUCCACUGAACAUUAUACUUGCCAUAUAUGCCAAAGGCAGCAUCCUGGGCAGUAUGACUAUUUUAAAAAUUAUGAUGACCUGGAGACACAUUUUCGCCAAGAACAUUUCCUAUGUGAGAAUGAAGCAUGCUUGGCAAAGAAAUUUAUUGUUUUCCAAAAUGAAGCUGAAAUGAAGAGACAUAAUGCUAUUGAGCAUGGGGGACACAUGUCCCGUUCUCAAAGGAAUGCUGCCCUUCAGAUACCGACUAGUUUUAGAUUUCGACGUACUGAACAAGAGCAGCGGCGAGGCAGAGGACGUGGGUAUCGUUCUGAUCCUUCUGAUAACCAAUUAUCUAUGGCUAUUCAAGCCAGCCUUGAGGCAGCAGCUAUUGGAGACAGUAGCUCUCAUGAUUCUACUUCUGGUGCUCGAAUAGUAUCUGAACAAAGGGAAACAAAUCAUAUGGGUGCAGUUUCUAAGUCAUUUGAAUCACUAAAUGUCAAUUCUGGUUCUGGAUCUUCUUCUAGAUCAGGCACAAUACAAAACCAGAACUCACAAAGUGCUCCAAUUCUAGAGGACUUGUCCUUCCCCGCCCUUACUGAUAGAGAACCGCCUGAGACUUCUUCCAGAUAUGCUCAAGCUCUUCAGAGCUCUGUGAAUGCUGCUGAUCUUAAAGAAGAGUCUUUUCCUCCGCUCCCUGGGUCAAAAAAGAGUGGUAAGCAGAAAGCUAGACAAGGAUCACAAGGUUUGGGGAGAAGUACUAUGGCAAACCACCUUCAAAUCCGUCAGGGAAAUUCUUCUGGUUCCUCUAGUCAUACUUUCACACCAUCUGGUUCUUCAAGAUCAUCCCAGAUUGGACCAGAAGCAAGACAUCAAGUUGCACGGCGUUCUGUUACACCAGAGGCUUGGCCAGCAAUAGGUCGUGGUGCUCCAUUGGCCAGUGCUGCAAAUCCACAGGUAAUGUCGGCAAGAGAAAAUGGCCCAAUUUCUUCUGGUCUUGCUUGGAAUGCAAACAAUGGAACUAGGCUGAGGCACUCUGCUUCAGAUCCUAACCUCACUCAGGGUAGAUUUUUAAGCCAACCUUCAUCAACUAUGGCUUCUGUUGCUACUGAUAGAAGUCAAGCAUCAUCAUCAUCAUCAUCAUCAUCAUCAUCAUCAGGAGGCAGUCAGCCACUGCCAAAAGUUGAGGAUGUUCAAACGGCAAAUAAGUCUUUGGUAGAAAGAAUUAUUGCAAGCUUAGAUAAUGACGAGGACAAGUAUGCUGCAUUCAAAACCAUAUCUUCUGAAUACCGCCAGAAUUUGAUAAAUACUCCUGAAUAUCUUUCUUAUGUUCAGCAGUUUGGUUUGAUGCACCUUGUUCUUGAGCUUGCCCAGCUUUGUCCAGAUGCUCAGAAACAGAAAGAACUUAUUGAGGCCUACAACGCAAGUGUGCGUGGCAAGGGUUCGGUAGAAAAUAAUGUAAACAAUCCCCAAAGAUCAAAAGGGAUUAACAUUCCCAAGAAGGGGAAGGACAAAGGUAAAGACGGUUCCAGCAGUACCAAUGCAAAGGAUGCUUUGACUGAUAACUUCCUUAACACAGUGCGGAAACUUCAGUCAGAACGCAUAUCUCAGGAGGAAGAGAUAGAGGUAGAGGUUUUAUUAAAGGAUGGGUACCGAGCAGCCAAAGGCAAGAAAGCUACUCUUUCCAGUUCCAAUUCGAAUACUGUGAGUGUGCAGUUGACAGACUCUAGUGGUGAUGAUGAUUCUUCAAAAACUGUUACCAGCAUCACCGGUCAGAAACCAGAUGAUGGAGGGAGCAGCAAGCAACGCAAGAGGACCAGCAAAUUUAAUAGAAUUCGUCUCGGUGAUGGUUCAGCAGCCGCCCUUCUCAACCUUGGCCGUGUGGACGUCAGCCCCCCACGACCGGAACGAGAGUCUGGUGAAGAACCAUCAGAUCGAUCAGCUGUCCGGGGAGUUUGGAAAAAUGGUGGUGGGCAGAGGCUUGUUGCCAGUGUUCAAAAGAGUCCAGCCAAGUAAAUGCUACUUCUAAUUCUACGAGCUGAUAAGCUCAAAUUCUGUGAACAAAAGCUCGCAAGGUUUGGAGUGCAACUUUGGGUGACGACUUUUUUUUGAAUCACCAAAGCUUAAAUUUUUGCUGUGAUCUUGCCAUUCUCAUCUGCAUCUGCUGCUUGAACAACUCGGUGGUUCAAAAUUGUAGGUUGUAUGAAUUGGGAAAAUCACAAGAUCAAAAGUUACUGGUAACUCAGUUCAUCUGAAGUACCUAGACUACCUUUUUGUUAUACUUAUGUUUAAAACUGUUGAUAUAAGUUUCUUUGUUGUUCCAUAUCUUAAUAGCACAUUUCCGAGGAUGGAUUUUGUUUCAGUGUUAUUGGUGUCAAUUUUGUUGCAAGACUGAUCUUUUCUUUGCUA